CUUCCAUUGACCGUACCAUCUUGAUGGCGUCCUUGUUACCUUCAAUACCGUACCCUCCCGCUGGAGAUGGCUACUGGAGUCCUGUAACCUCGACUCUCAACUGGUGUGAGGAGAUUGUCAACACCUUGACCAACCUCUUGUUUGUCUGGCUGGCCUUCCGUGGCAUCAACAACUGUAUACAGAACGGUCAUGACCACAUCUUCCUCGUCACCUUUGUCGGUUACCUGGUUGUUGGAACUGGCAGCUUCCUCUUCCACUCGACUCUGAAAUACCCCAUGCAACUCGUCGACGAACUCUCCAUGAUCUACACGACCUGCCUUAUGUUCUACGCUACCUUUUCGCAUAAACAGACGCGCACAUUCCGCGUCUUCCUUGCCCUCUUNUUGGUAGCCCUGUGUAUCUUCAUCACGGCCUACUACCACUAUCUUGGAGACCCCGUCUUCCACCAGAACAUGUAUGCUCUCUUGACUGCUAUCGUCUUGUUCCGAUCCAUGUAUGUCAUGGAGCGCGACAUCCGCCCAAAGCCGAAGGCAAGAGAAGCCGCACCCAGCCGGGGUCUCGUCAGUGACAAGGAGCAACAACGUCGCGAUGACAGAGAUCGCAAGAUCCUCAAGACCAUGUGGCUCAUGAUCGCAUGCGGAUUAAGCGUCUUCUUGGGUGGAUUUGCUAUCUGGAAUUUGGAUAAUAUGUACUGCUCGCGGCUACGUAAGUGGCGCCACGAGAUUGGCCUGCCUUGGGGUAUCUUCCUCGAGGGACAUGGAUGGUGGCAUCUCAUGACUGGAACAGGAGCAUACUUCUACAUUGUAUGGGGAGUGUGGCUCCGUCAUUGCUUGAAUGGUCGUCAAGAAGAGUACAAGCUGGUUUGGCCGAGCGUCUUUACCUCGCUUCCUUCGGUAGUCAAGGUUGACAAGAGCGAGAAGAAGCAGAAU